CGGACACUGAACAAAGGCGGUGAGGAGAUGGAACCUUCCUGACCCCGCGGCAGGAGAAUGGCGGCCUUUGUCCGCCUGCUGGAGCGUCUCGGCUGGUUCGCUCAAGCUCAAGAGGCACCAGAGCAGGAGGCAGAGAUGGACCAUAAGGUCCCUGGCGAGCCUGGGGGUCUCCUGGAUGCGCCCCGAUGCUCGCAGAGGCUACACGGGGGUGCGGCGGCUGCACCCGGCCUGCGCUUCGGGGCCAGUGCGGUGCAGGGCUGGCGCGCGCGCAUGGAGGACGCGCACUGCGCUUGGCUGGCUUUGCCCGGGCUGCCGUCGGGUUGGGCUUUUUUCGCAGUCCUGGAUGGCCACGGUGGAGCGCGGGCUGCGCGCUUCGGAGCGCGCCACCUCCCAGGUCACGUGCUGGGGGAGCUGGGUCCCGCGCCCCGGGAGCCGGAGGACGUGCGCCAGGCUCUGCGUAGCGCCUUCCUCCGUGCGGAUGCGCAUCUGCGCGCGCUCUGGCCCCUCAGCGACCCCGGCGGAUCGACGGCAGUGGUGUUGCUCGUGUCCCCGCGCUUUCUCUACCUGGCGCAUUGCGGAGACUCGCGCGCUCUGCUGAGCCGAUCGGGCUCCAUGGCUUUUUGUACCGAGGACCACCGUCCUCACCGGCCUCGGGAACGCGAGCGUAUCCAUGACGCUGGUGGCACCGUUCGUCGCCGGCGCGUUGAGGGCUCCCUGGCCGUGUCCCGAGCCCUAGGCGACUUCGCCUACAAACAGGCACCGGGGAGGCCUCCUGAGCUGCAACUUGUGUCCGCUGAGCCCGAGGUGACUGCGCUGGCACGCCAGCCCGAGGACGAGUUCGUGCUCCUGGCCUCCGAUGGCGUGUGGGACGCCCUGUCUGGUGCGGACCUGGUGGGGCUGGUGGCGUCGCGCCUCCGUCUGGGCUUGGCCCCUGAGCAACUCUGUGCGCAGCUGUUGGACACGUGUCUGUGCAAGGGAAGUUUGGAUAACAUGACUUGCAUGGUGGUCUGCUUCCCGGGGGCCCCCAGGCCUUGUGAGGAGGCAAUCAGAAGGGAGAUGGCUUUGGACGCUGCUCUGAGCCACAAAGUUGCCGAGCUGUAUUCCUCCGCUCAGGAACCCCCAUGCCUAAACACAGUUUUCAGGACCCUGGCGUCAGAGGACAUCCCAGGCUUGCCUCCUGGAGGAGGACUCCAUAGCAAGGCCACUGUCAUUGCCGAAGCUUACUCCAAACUCCGUCAGACCUCAGAGGAAUGUCAAGAGAAGAGGUGAGAUGGUGUGGAAACCACCAGCACCUAUUCAACCCUUGACUUGAACUCAGGCCUGACAGCAGUCAUCCUCUGGGGACCAUCUGCAUAGCUCAGGGGAAAUCUGUGCUUCCCUGCAUGAGAAGCAGAGGAAGGACGGCCAGCCAUGGAGGAACCUAGAAUCUUCAUUUCCCCUCUCGUACUUUCCCCACACGAGUCUCAUGAGGGGGGGAACUCCACCGUCACCAGAGGCGACAAAGAAAAAAAAGCAAGCCGAGUGUGGUUCCUUUUUCUUUUUCACCCUUAAUAUUUAAAGCCAAACAGAUCUUUAGUGAUUUGUGUGUAACAGUCUUUCUGUUUUUUUUUUUUUAAACCGGUUCUACAAGGAGGUGGUAAGAGAUCUGAAUAUUAAAUUUGAAUCAAUAAAGCAGUUCCAAAUGCAUUCCCUU